AUGCCGGUGUUAAGCUCACUGUUCGCCAUCACUGCCGAAGCCAUGCUUCUUAUUUCUGCCCGCCCACCAGCUCCUCCACCCUCCACCCUCCACCCUCCAAGUUCUACUCUUACCAAGAAGUUGCGUCGACAACCACAGAACCAGCCCAACACGGGAGCAAGACCCACCUUGACUCCCACCCCAAGCAAGAUGUCGCAAACCACGCUUGACGAAACCGACCUGGCUCGCCACAAGGACAACAUAGUUGAUGCCGUCAACGAAGUCAUCUCCCUCCGCGACCAGCUGUACGACUACCUCUUGUCCUGGUACGACGACAUCCAAGCCUCCAUCGCCACCACCCAUGGUGCCGACUCCUUCCCGGCCCAACAACUCGCCCAGCGCCGCCCCGCACCGCAACUCAUCCCCGCCAACCGCACCAACCAAGCCACCCACCAAGCCGAUCAAGACGCCAACACCCCCGCCCCGCCCCACGACCCCUCCGCCUCCGCCUCCGCCUCCGCCACCUCCUCCUUCUCCUCCUCCACCUCCUCCUCCACCUCCUCCUCCUCCUCCUCCUCAAACGCCCCACCGACCCUCACCCACCCGUCCCCCUCCCCCAGCGCCAUCGCCACCUCCCUCGCCCUGACCAUCGCGCCCGACCGCACGCACGCGGACGGCCCCACCCGCCUCGCCGCGACGCGAGCCCACACGGCGCUCGCGCACCUCGCGGCCUUCAACCUCGAGCGCCAGCGCGACGGCGACGCGUGCAGCGUCAAGCAGAACCUCGACCGCGUGGGGCGCGACGUCCGCUUCAUGGACUACGGCAGCAUGCUGCUGGCGGCGCAGCUGGGCGAGGAGCUGCUGCACGUCGCCGAUCGGACGAGGCGGUUCUUCGACGGGGUGGCGGCGCGGGGGGCGGCGGCGGCGCAGCAGCAACAGCAGGAUGAGUGGGGAAAAGAGAUGCUGCGCAGGGGGAGGGAGGCGUUGGAGCUGUUGGAGGGGCUGACGUGGUGUGUGAGGGAGUUGCCGAUGGCGGUGCGGCCCGAGGUGUGUGUUGCGGGGGAUGUGUAUUUCGAGCACGACUGGAUGAAUGUGGAGCAUCCGGGCGGGAUGAUGGUGAUGAGGAUGCGGAUCAGGGUCAUGAGGGCGUUCCGGCAGUGGAGGGAGCGGGAGAAGUGGCGGGUGGCGGAGAGGAGGGUCGUCGACCUGAUUCUGCCGGAGAUCGAGGACGAGGCUGCGCGGAAGGCGAUUGCGGACGCGCUGCACCCGGAACUGUGCGGUGGGGAGAGGACGAAUACGCUGUCGAGGCUGAGGAACGCGAUGCAGGCCGCCAUCGCGCAUGGCUGGGGCGAGCUGAUGUCGCCGUUUCUGAAUGCGCUGUGUGGGCAUUUCAACUCCAUCAAGGCCGAUCAGGACAACUCCAUGGCGGUGCAAAUCACCCACAAGCUGCGCGACAUCGGCGAGGACUUGCAUGGUAUGGAUCUUACCAGCAACUUCUUCAGCAGCAUGGCGGCUGUUAGGGCACAGUUGCCCAAGGUCGAUGAGCUGUUCCAGAUCCUGCCGGCGACGCAGCGCAGGCUGAUUCGCAGGAAGGCCGAGAACCAUGAUCUCGACGGCGUGCUGACGAUCCUGAGAGACCACUGGGAGGGCGACGAUUUGAGUCUCGACGGCCCGGUUAUGCGCGGCAGGGUGUACCAUCUCUUUGCCAUCUACUACCUCUCCUCAAAGGCCACCACCCUGGAGCAGCACUUCGACCGGACUGUCAAUUACAGAAUCCUCCACAUGACACGACACGAGAGCAUCAUGCUCGCGCGCCUCUUCUGCUGGGGCUCCCACUACGUCCGCAGCGAUUGGAUUCACGACCAUUCUGUCGGCGAGAUCACGACUGCGCUUUCCUGGAUGACCGGGCUCAUCGACGCUUGGUUCACGAACUUCCAGGACAGGAAGGACACGUACAAGGAGUACGAUGAAAGCGGUCUCGUCGACGACCCAGCUUUCCAGGCCGCGCAGCUGGUCACCACGGGAGAGAUUUGGCCCGAAGUCACUCGGCUCAGGAACCUGGACAACAGGCUGAACAACCUGGGACACCUCUCCGAAACCCUUGCUGGCUUGCCUCCGUCUCUGGAUGGGGCUCUACAUGAGCCCGCAUUUCAAGACCGCACGGGAUUCGAGGAAGAUGCCAGUGUCCGUUGGGCAUAUGCAGAGAUGCGGAGGUGGGUUACUUUACCUGAGGACCGUGGUGUAUUGCAAGGUGGGAAGAUGGUCAUCUCCAGUGCGAAACCGGAGGUCUGGUGCGUCUAG